AUGGCAGCGAAUAAAACAGGUGGGAUUCGAGUGAGCAUGCUACACCCCAAGUUCCUGCAUACCAACUCCACCAGCCAUACGUGGCCUUUCAGUGCAUUUGCUGAACUCAUAGAUAAUGCCUAUGAUCCUGAUGUUAAUGCCAAGCAAAUAUGGAUUGACCAAACUUUCAUCAAGAGCAAUAUAUGCCUGACAUUUACAGAUAAUGGAAAGGGCAUGACUGAAGAGAAGUUGUAUAAGAUGCUCAGUUUUGGUUUCAGUGAUAAAGUUGAAAUACACGGCCAUGUUCCCAUCGGACAUUACGGAAAUGGGUUUAAGUCAGGAUCCAUGCGGCUGGGUAAAGAUGCCAUUGUGUUCACCAAAAAUGAGUCUGGCAUGCACGUGGGCAUGUUAUCCCAAACCUACUUGGAGAAAAUCAAUGUGGAGAACAUCCUGGUGCCGAUCAUAUCGUUCAACAAGCAAAAGCAGCUUGUACAGACGCCUGACUCGAAAGCAAACGUAAAGGCAAUAACCACUUACUCUCUGCUGAACAGUGAGACAGAGCUCUUAGGUGAACUGGAAGCCAUUCCCGGCCGGAAGGGAACGAGGAUCAUUAUCUGGAACCUGCGAAGUUACGAACAAGGGAGCCAAGAUUUUGACUUUGUGCCUGAUAAAUAUGACAUCCGUAUUCCUGCAGAGAAUGAUGGGAUGAAGAGAGGGGACCAGGUUGCCCAUAACAGUAUCUAUUCUUUGAGAGCUUAUUGUAGCAUUCUGUAUCUGAAACCAAGGAUGCGGAUUGUUUUGAGAGGACAAAAGGUUAAAACCCAGCUGGUCGCUAAAAGCCUUGCGUACAUAGAAAAAGAUGUCUACAAGCCCAAAUCUUUACCUAAAACUAUAAAUAUCACAUUUGGAUAUAACUGCCGAAACAAGGAGCAUUACGGAAUAAUGAUGUACCAUAAGAACAGGCUGAUUAAGGCUUACGAAAGAGUUGGCUGCCAGUUAAAGAAUAAGGCAGUUGGCAUUGUUGGAGUGGUCGAGUGCAACUUUCUAAAGCCCACACACAACAAGCAGGAUUUUGAUUAUACAGAUGAUCAUAAGCGUACCAUGGAGGCAUUGGGACGUAAGCUAAGUGAAUACUGGGAGGAAAUGAAACAAAAAAAGAGUUCAAACCCUCUAAACCUUCCUGUAGAAGAUAUAGAGAAAAAGCCUGACCAGACAUGGGUUCAGUGUGAUUUUUGUCUUAAAUGGAGGAAACUGCCGGAUGGAGUGACAAUAUCAGAAAGGGAUUAUUGGUGCUGCAGUAUGAACAUGGACCCACGGUUCAGAAAAUGUUCUGUGCCCGAGGAGCCUGAAGAUGAUGACAUUACCCAGCCUACCUAUAAGAAGACCCCUAAGAAAAGUCUGCAAUCUGCUGUCAAUUGGAAUCCACCUGCUAAGAAGCAAAAGCUCACUGGAUCAGGACCAACUGAUCUCCUUCAACAGAGCAAUAAUGAUAAUGAUGUUAUUGUAAUAGAAGAUAAUGAUACCAAUUCAUGUCCUGCUGCCCCUGAAAACAUGAAUCAUGAGUUACAUGUAAAUAAAAAAGAUGCAAGCAAUGAUUACAACGAUCAAGAAAACCAACAGAUGCCAGGCUCCAGCAGCCUUUACCGUGAUGGAAUAGCCCAACUUGAAAUGGACAUUGCGCACAAAACCCAACUCCAGGAAAGUUCCAAGGACACAACGGGCCAAGAAAAAGAAAAGCAGAUCUCAGAACUGACGAACAAGUAUAUAGAAAUCAACGGGCUGGCAGCACAGUGCGAGGUGCCGCAGAACCUGGAGACUGAGGCAGGCAUUGGGCUCCAAAAUACGGCGGAGGACAGCAGUGAAAUGGAUUAUAUGGCUUUGCAGUUGGAUGAUAUAUUUAGACAGCUGGUUGAAUGUACCACUGAACGGGAUAAGUAUAAAAGUCAGAUAACAGAAUUAAGAAAUCAAGUUAUGAAAGAAGUUUCUCACAAGGAGACACAGACGGAUAUCAUCCCACCGAACACUGUGGAACUUUCUUUGGAACUGCUGGCAGCAAAGUAUGAACAGGCCCUUAAAGAAAUCAACAAGCUGAAAGCUCAGUGUGAGGUGCUGCAGGACCUGAAGGCCGAGUCAGGCACGGGGCCCCAGAAACCAGCAAAGCCUUAAGUUACGAUCUCUGCGGAUAAACGUGGCGCAGUUGCUGACCACAUUGAUGCCCGACCUGCAGUUAUGAUUGUCUAUAUGAUCAACAAAGUGUUUUUUACGUUACCGCAUUUUUAAUGUUAUUAGUUAUUUGCUUUAUUUCUUCAUUUAAAAGACUAUAACAUUGCAAAAAAAAGAAAAACCGCUUUGGAGAAGAUUUAAGUUUUGUAAAGAUCUGAAGAAUGUUUAAAGCAGCACCAACAUUAGGAAUACUUUAUGGCACAUGCAGUUAUAGAUGCGUACUUUUCUAUUGGAUCAUUGGUGAUUCCUGUAGCUGAAAACUGGGGUACGGGUACGAUGCAUUAGUAGACUAGGCUCCAUCUGUAUUUGUUGCUGUUUUCUUUUCUUUUAUGGGAAAAAUUGGAUAAUGUUAGAGGUAUAAGCACUUGUCAGUAGUGAUGCACCGAAUUCAGGAUUCGGUUCGGUAUCCAGGCUUUUUCAGCAGGGUUCGGAUUUGGAAGGGUUAAAUGUCACACAUGAGCAUGGAAGUGGAGAAUUUUUCACCGCACGCAUAAGCUAACUAGGAUUCGGAUCCGGUUCGGUAUUAGGCCAAAUCCCCUACCAUGGAUUAGGGGGUUCUGCCGAACCCAAAAAACUGGGUUUGGUGCAUCCCUAGUUGUCAGUUUAUAAUACAUUAGCCACGUUCAGUAUCUCCACUCGCACCACUUUGCUCAGCAUUGAGAAGCUGCUUAGAUUAGCUUCCAUUUUCCUCUUCCAUCUUCCAUCUGCAUGGCCUGUGUGUUUCCCUUUUGUCCCCUGUGUAAUCUGUCUAGUCUUGUGUCCUGCUGUUUUUCUGAAAUUCCCAUCACUGUGCUGUAAAGUAAUGAAGAAUUGGAAUAUACUGAAAACACUGCUAAACACUGAUCAGAUUUAUGAUGCACGCUGAAUUUUUUAGAUGAGGGUUGAUCAGAUAAGUCUUUACAGCAAGAAUAGUAUGAUGACUUAUCUGAUUGGCUUGUCCAGUGCCCUGAUCUGAAACAGCAUGAAACAGAGUUUUUCAGUACAUUCUGGUUCUUCACUACUUGCGGAGCAGUGGGAAUUUCUGAAAUAUGAUCUGGGGCUAGGGUUGCCACCUGGCCAGUAUUUUACCAGCCUGGCCAAUAAAAAUGAUGCUUAACACCAAUGUUAUUAAUAGGAAAGAAAUAUAAAAAUAUAGUCUGUAUUUUUUCCAGGAAAAGGUGGCAACCCUAUCUGGGGCCUGGGCAGCUGGGACAACAAUGUAGGGGCAGUUUCAAAAGGGAUUAGUAAAGGUAAAGUAGUAAGGGGUGCAGAAGAAUGAAAAUCAUACAGGUGCAGAGGAGAAUGGGGGAAAGGGACCAGGGAAAAUGGGCUAGAGAAGGAAAAAUUGUCAAAAAGUGAUAGUAGAAUUGGAAAUAUGAAAAUGAGAUGAUGCUGGUGAGAAGAGGAGAAAAGCUAUUAAAAGUACAGGGAAAAACGCAGGUUAGCAGGGAAGAGAUCAGAAAAUAUAGAGGUAGAAAGGGAACAGCAGUGGCAGAGGGGAAAGAAAGAAAAUGAAAUUGUUUUGUUUAUUGUCCAUGUUGCGUUACUAUAUGAUAUACUGUUCAGAAGAGAAAAUGAGUAGGAAAUGGGAAACAUAGGAGAGAACUGGACAUAUGAAUGGGAUACACAAAUCAGGAGAACAAAUACAGAAGAGAGCCAAAUGGGGACAAGAUAAGCAAUAUAAAAAUGAGAGUAGUGGUGAGCAGAUGAGGAACACAGAUAUAAUAGUGAGGGCUGUAGUUAUAAAGAAAAUGAUAACAGAGAGCCCAAGAAAGUGCAGAGUUGGACAGAGUGCAGUAAUGAGUAAUCACUGGGAAGGGUGAGAGGGGUAAAUAUGGAAGUACAAGAGCAGAGUUGUUACAUUUAUUUCUUAUCAUCCUAUUCAUUCUUUAAUCUCUCAUUCCUACCACUGCCUGGUUGUUAGGGUAAUUCGAACAAAUAUUACCAUUCCCAUACCUGAUCUCCUAAUUGCAACCUUUUGUUCUAGAAAAACCUACCUACCUGCUAGCUGGUCUUUUGUGUAACACAAACAAGUGGCCAAAAUAUUUAGUACUAUGCUCUUGUGUUUAUGGUGGUUGGGGCCCUAGACAAAUAAAUUGUACGGGGCCCUAGAGUUUCUGAUGAAGACCCCGGACACAUCAUUCAUAAAUUACCAGUCAUAUCAGUGUCAAUUCUGAAUCUAUUUCCUAUUCCAUAUUGAGAUGUAUAUUAUUGUAUAACCUAUUUGUAAGCAGGUGUUAUUUUUCCGUAAAUAGACAGGCAGAUAUAUGAACCCAAGUAACAAACAGGAGAUAUUUCACAAUUAUGCAACUGUGCAACAAUGGAGAUUUUAUAUUAUUUUUGUAAAGCUGUGUUUGUACUAAAGCAUAUAUAUAUAUAUAUACACUAUAUAUUACAAAUAAUUGCUAUAAUAUAACUGGGGAAAUAAACAUGAAGAGAGCCUGUAGGGCGGCUGAUAAGCAACAGCAAUAAUCUAUUGAUAAUAAGAUACUCCCUGUUAUAUAUGAUGCUCAGUGGGUCAAAUAAAACCCUGCUUAUAAGUUGAAGGAAUUCUGUUGUAAUUUUUACCUUUUUUAUUUUUAUUGGCUUGUUUUAAAAUGCAUAUUGCAAGCAACAUUU